GCAAGAAGUGAAGUGGCCAGAUCGACUCAGGUGAUCUGCGCCCUGUAGCUUAUCCCGUUCCGCCCGCCCCGAACCCUUCGAACUGCUUGACAGUCACCACUAUACCUACUUACAACAGCUCGCAUGGAGUCGCAAUGCUCUAUCCUUCUCCAUGUCGGUCUCCUAUGAUGCUGAAAAUGCCAUUAGUGACGCGACAUGGCUGGCGGUGCUCCUGAGUGAACGCGAUGUAGCCGGCCAGGUUCCGGUCAAUUUCGUGACCAACCCUGCCGUAUCGCUCUCAUCGGCCUGUUUUGGAAAUGGCCUCUACGCUCGGAAGGAUGCCGCCAAGUGCAUCUCCAACCUCCUUGCAGUGGGGUAUAGGCGGCUAGUUGUAGACCUCUAUUGGUCGGUAGAACGUCGAACAUGGACCUUUUGUCCGGUAGAGAUUCCUGCCAGGGUCGAUGUGAUGGUAUCAACUUAUACUUCUACCGCCACCAAAGCCUCGACUACUUCAACUAUCACAACUGAAACUGCUACGACGACUUCGGACGCAGCUACUGCAACCAUCACUGGGUACACUGAUUCCUAUGGGGAUACGGUCUAUGAGCUAGGACCGUACAGAUGCACCAAUGAUCUUGAUCUAUAUACCCUUUCAGAAGUACUUGUCGGAUACUUUGAAGCCACCACCUCCCAACUUCUCGUCUAUACAACUUAUCUCGUUCUCAAUCUUCAUGCCGCGGGUAGCGAUGUUGAACCGUCCAAGCCUGCUAAAGUGGUCACGGGCAGUGAUCUGCCCUCGUCAGAGUCUGAACGAGUUGGGUCGUUCCUCAAAGAUGCUCUGCGGCAAUAUCUCUACACCCCUAGACAACUUGCCAAGGACCGAAGCAAUUUGAAUGAGUCGUGGUAUCAAGUCGAUGAAAGCUACAUGCCCAUCGUGGAAUAUUAUACAAUCCACACAGACAAAGCAGGCGUCCAAAGUACUCCCGAUGGGUGGCCGUCUGCAAAGUACGUUCAACUUGCGAAAGCCGAUCGAAUGAUCAUCGAGUAUGGAUCAGUGGAUCUGCAACUUGCUGAGUUCGACUUUGCACAAGAUGAAAAUGCCAUCUUCCCACCUGGCUAUCUCACUACCGAUGUGAACGUCACUGCUACUACGAACGGAACCCUAACGUCGGGUUGUUUGUACAAGAAGGAUGCCACAGCAGUCUCUCAGGCCAACUCGUCUUGGGCUAUCUCCAAUGAAAUCCCGGUUCCGGAUGGGUUAUCUACAGAGGACACUAUGGGAUCAUUAACCAAUGUGAUCUCAGAUAUGACAGCAUGUGGGAUGUCCCCAAUGCUCAACACCACCCUUUUAGAUCAAACUGCCGACGCCAACGUCGAUCAUUAUCGAAAUGUCUCCCUGUCAACGGCAUGGGCUUGGGCAAUGGGUGAACCAGAGGGAGCAGAUACUGGCGGUGGCACUGGAGAUACUCCCAGUUUUGACCGCUGUGCUAUCAUGGACCUCUCCUCAGAGGGUCACUGGCGUGCCACCAACUGUUCCCAAACCAGGAGGGGCGCCUGUCGCAUCGGCCACUCACCUUUCUCGUGGACCAUUUCCAAUGCCACUGCUGAGUAUUCAAAUGUUUCAGACACAUGUCCUCCAGGCUCCAGUUUUGCCAUCCCUCGAACUGGUUUGGAGAAUACGUACCUCUACAAGUACCUUCUGACCCAGCCCGAGACAAUAAUUAACCCUGCAUCAAAUGAUGCUACCCUACGCGAGAUUUAUAUUGACUUCAAUUCCAUUGAUGUCACAUCUUGUUGGGUCUCGGGCGGUCCCGAGGCUCAAUGUCCCUACGGUGCUGACCCUCAGCAGCUGGAGCGCAAAACUGUGCUUGUGGCUGCCAUAGCGGGUAUAGUCAUCUGUAUUAUUACUGCGUUGACACUGUUUGUCAAGUGCAAUGCCAACAGGCGUAACUCUCGUCGGAGAACGCGUAUGAUUAAGGGGUGGGAAUAUGAAGGUGUCCCUUCAUAAUGUACUGGUUUCGGACUUAUGGCGUGUUGUUAUAAACAUAAAUAAAUCACCACCAGAGAUGUUCCAUCAAUAUGUUAAAUGGGCCCGCUGAACUCGAAAAGGAAAAUCAAAUGACAUGAAUCGUCACAUGCUGUGCGUAAAAACAGGUGGUAAAACUCCGUAUCCCAACAGAAAAAAGAAACAGUUUAGGUAUCUUUUACCGCAUGAGUGAUAGAUAAAUCACAGUCCCGCAAAUCGUGCCCAUCCGGCAGCCCGUGCGGGGGCGGGCUGCGGGCUUGGAGACUCGGUCUCUUCGACAACGUUCAAGCUGCGGCCUUCUUCGGCCACUUUACCACUCACGUCGCGGCGACGUCCAACGCCCAAUCCGGCAAUAUAACUUCCAUAGGAGGACAGGGAGGCACCGACACCACUAACAAGACCCGGUCGAGAAGUGUCUGCGCCAGAGUUACUGACAACUCGGCCCUUGCGAUCUCUUUCAGUCGCACCCGGGGAGUUGACGUGACCCUCAUCAUCGCUGUCAUCCUUUUUGAGGGACUGGUAGGCGGACAAUUUCUUAUUCCGCUUCUUGGAGAGCUUUGUUGGCUUGCGAGUCAAGUCGUCUUGACCACUGGCGUGCCGUGACAUGUCCAGACCAGGCUUGCCCUCUUCCUCUAGAUUACCAUAGUAGCGAGUCUUGGUGGACGGUGAGAGGGGUGGUUCUUCCUGAGCCUGCUGGUUGGAGAUAUUCAUGUUGUCAACCAACACAUGGCGUCGGACGGGAUCGGUAUCUUCAGGUUUCUCCGUGAGAAUUGGCUGAGGGGUCGGAGGGUUCAGCAUAAGAGGGUUGAAGGGAAGCCCGUGAGAACGCUCAUCAUGGUCAUGAUCAUGCUCUUCGGGGUCAGGGAAAAUGUUGAAGCGGCGAUCGCCGAGGUCCUGCUCAUGCUUUUCCUCUUCAAGUCCAUAGUGCUCGUGCAUCGCUAAGGAUGCAUAUUCUCCACGGGUUUCUUCAGGGAUAACGCUUCCAAUACUCGCAGGCUUCUGUCCAUAGGCGAACCAGUCUCGGAAACCAUUGCCGCCUUGUGAGGUAGUCGUAGAGAUGGUGCGGCGACUGUAAACGGAAGAAGAUUGACGAAUAUCGGCUUCGUGCUCAUUAUUAGCUUCGCUCACCGGGGAUGUAGAUCGGUCGGGAUAUGCGACCCAAUUACCAGACAAUGGGCUAACCGAGUCAGCUCUAUCCGCAGUGCGAGAGGCCAGAUGACGGGUGUGAGUGGCGGGGUCCACGACUUCGGGUGAGUGAGCAGCAACAUUGCGGUAUUCUGGGGCAGGAGCAUCUGAUGUCAUAUCAUAUGGCUGGCUAGCAGGAUGCUGGAACAACAUCUCGGGACUUGAUGGCUCCAUUUGAUAAAACCGGUUGGGCUGUAUGGAUGCCACAGAUUGACGCUUCACAUUCAUCAUAUCCACUGAUCCGCGGUUAGAAUCACCGGCCAUAGAUUGACCACGAGUAUGCAUGAAUGGCAUAGAGCGAGGAGGCCCAAUGAGCGGAUCUUCCAGGCUGGAAUGUAAAGUGGACAAGCUGAGGUGCUUCUCAUCCAUAUCAAUCUCCUUAAGAUUCUUGCGAGGACGAGCAGUCAAGUUGUCUUCCAGUGGGUUCAUAUCUGGAGGUAGAUGAGAGAUCUUGCGGAACAUAACGGCCAAGAAGAUCGACAAUGCAAGCGAAACGAGGUGCAGGCUGCCAUUGGCGAGAGCACAGAUGAAAGUAGCUUCGGCAACCCGAACAGUCACCGUAUCAUUGGCAAAUAGCGUUCCCCAAUGGUAGGCAUCGAUGGUGUACUCUCCAUGAGCCAUAAAAGCGGUGAACACGUAGAAUGGAAUGAGCCCCGCAUCCAGAGUGGAGGCGAACAGGCCAUAGCUAGCUUGAGAUGCGGGGGGCCGGUUCACUGGGGAGCGACAAAGAUGGUAGAUGGCAUAGAGAGUAUGAAGGAUUGCAACUAUGGGCUAUAGGAUAGUCAGCUAUCAAUUCUAGUCAUGCUUCGGGGUUUUUGCUUACGCCAGCCCGAAUGAUCCAAAUCACGGUUGUUGCAACGUUGUUGAUCACAAUUGAGCAGAAUAGAGAUCCAAGUGCUCCCAAGAGGGUGAGAACUCGCAAAGCUAACUGCGUGCGUCGCGCAUAAUUGACCCUGUUUUUGGUAUGGGGACUCAUUGGUGUCCAUGUUGACUUUGAGUCAAGGCUGCCCCACUGCGACUUUUGUUAGUGACAAUCUAUAGUGUCCAAAGCAAUAGAAUCGCCACAUACAGAGUCUGGAUGGCGGUUGAUGUUCACUAACGGGCCCUUUUGUGUAGGCCUUGGUGGUGGUGGAGCUCGGCUCGCUUGCGUCACGGCCUUGGGGUUGAAGCUCGGAUCGGUCGGGCCAUAGAAGCUGUAGGUGGUCGGGCGGUCGUAAAUGAAUGGAGGCUCCGAUCUGCCCAUUGUAGCGACUGAAGGCUCCCCGUAAAAACCACGUGAAACGUGGGAAACGGAAAUCGGGAAUCUGAAAUUGAAAGGGAAUGUGGAUGAG